CUAAUCAAAACAUAUUUAAGAUACUUGUAUGACUAAGUACUAAUCAGUACACUUUACUUUGAAUAACAAAUUCUUUUUUAAUGUAGUCUGUGUAAACUUUUAUUUUGAGACAUCGCAUUAUGAAGUUACAUUUGUGGAAACAGACUACUAUUACGAUUUUAAAACAUGGAACGAACUUAAAAAUUCAUGUGAACAAUCAGGCUACCAACUUGUGAGCAUCACCACUUCACAUGAAAACGAUGCGAUCUUCAACUUCCUCCAAGAUAAUUGCACACGUGGAGACUACGCCAUUGGAUUAUCACGCGAGAUGGGAAUGCCUAGAAGCAGUCUAAGUAGUUGGAACUGGGAAUCCGGUGAUCCUGCUAUGGAGUUCAUUUGGGGUGGUAGCGGUGUAGAACCAAAUGUUAUAACUUCUUCGUCCGCAGUAGUUUAUAUGACGACCCUAAACAAUUUUGAAUCUGGCAAAUGGUACGACAUCCAUAAAAACACGCAAAUAGGACUUUCAACUGGUAGUCCUGGAUAUGGUUAUAUUUGUGAAAAAUCAAUAACAACCACGCAAUUAUCCACGACUGCUGGUAGAACAACAAUACAGUCAUUUACCAGUCGUAUACUGCUGAAUUCCACUUAUCGUAGGCCUACAAUAAUAUCAACCAUGGCAAUUAAUGAAGCCAACGAAAGAAGUGAUUUGAUGAUGAUCGUGAUUGUAUCAGCGUCACUCGUUGCAGCAAUUGUAGUCCUGAUUUUAAUCUAUAGGUUUCAUGAACGAUUGUGUUGUAAGUCAAAGACCAAAAUGAACCCGGACCCUUUGAUGGAUAAUAUAGCUAAGGAUAAGCCUUGUGAUGCGCUGAGCCAUUCUACUGAAAAUGGAUGCCGUGAAGUUGAUAGCGAAAAAAUAUUAAAAUGCAAUACGUCGUAUAAAGUUAUGCCUAGUAAUCGUUCUCGAAACAUGCCGGGACAAGGCAAGGAUCCGGGUAGGGCUAAUGUCAUCGAAAUCCAUAUUCCAAAUAGUCCAUCCGAUAAUGCACUGGAAAUGGAAAAAUAUCCAUUGAAUCACAGUUCAAUUGCGCAUGACAGACAAAAUCCAAAUGAUUAUGAAUCUGAAGAGAAUCCUACAUACGAACGUUCUCAUGAUGAAAAUUCGUACCGCAUUUAUGAUGGGAUUAAAAGCGACUAUGAAGGUGAAAUGGACAACCCGGCCUACGAUGCUCUCCCGUUUGAUGCAGAAAGUCUUUACUCUUCGCCGCAUGAAAUGGCUGAUGUUGCUGGCUCUGUUGGUGCAUCGAAAAAGACAGUCGUCAGUGCAAAACUUGCAGGCAAUCAUGAUAAAGUAGCAGAUUCGAGCAUAGAUGCUCUGUAUGCAAAACCUGACAUGUCAAUGAAACGUAAACACCAAGUGGACAGUCCUAGCAACAAUACUCUCUCAUCUGAAACAGAGAGCAACUCAAGAUAA